CGCCGCGCCGCCGCCGGAGCACACUCGGAGCUCCGCGAGUCGGAGUGCGGCGCAGGGCGAUGCUCCGGGGCGCGCGCUGAGGCGGCGCCACGCGAGCUGCAGCGGAGGCGGCGGCCCCCAGCCCAGCCCGGCGCCGCGCGGAGCCCGGGCCCCACGGUGCGGCGGCGCCCCGAGUUCCCGCCAUGAGCGGCCGGCCCUGGGGGCUCCGCGGCUCCGGGGACCCCCCACCGGCCGAGCGUGGCCGCAGCGCCCCGCGGCCCGCACCAGCCUAACCCCACCGCUGCCCCCGCGGCCCCGCCGCCGCCGCCGCGCCGCCCGCAGCAUGUCUCGGAGGAAGAUCUCGUCCGAGUCCUUCAGCUCGCUCGGCUCCGACUGCCUGGAGACCAGCCCUGAGGAGGGCGAGUGCCCCCUGUCCCGGCUCUGUUGGGACGGCGGCCGGAGCCCCCCUGCGCCGCCCGCGCCCGCCGCCGCCGCCGCCGCCACGGCCGGGGCCCGCAGGGCGCAGCGCCGGAGGCGGGUCAACCUGGACUCGCUGGGCGAGAGCGUCAGCCGCCUGACGGCGCCCUCGCCUCAGACGAUACAGCAAACUCUCAAGAGGACAUUGCAGUAUUAUGAGCAUCAAGUUAUUGGUUAUAGGGAUGCAGAAAAGAAUUUCCACAAUAUUUCUAACAGAUGCUCCUAUGCUGACCACACCAACAAAGAGGAAAUUGAAGAUGUCUCAGGAAUUCUUCAGUGUACUGCUAAUAUACUCGGUUUGAAGUUUGAGGAAAUCCAAGCAAGAUUUGGCGAGGAGUUCUUUAACAUAUGCUUCGAUGAGAAUGAGAGAGUCCUUCGAGCUGUAGGUGGCACGUUACAGGACUUUUUUAACGGCUUUGAUGCUUUGUUGGAACACAUUAGAACUUCUUUUGGAAAGCAGGCUGCCCUGGAGUCGCCGUCCUUCCUAUGCAGAGAGCUCCCUGACGGUGCUCUCAAGCUCCACUACUUCCACCCUCACCGCGUGGUGGGGCUGGCGAUGCUGGGGAUGAUUAAGGCCGCAGGAAAGAAGAUCUAUCGGCUGAAUGUGGAGGUGGAACAGGUUGCGAAUGAGCAGCUGUGCUCUGAUGGUUCAAACCCAGGCAACUGUAGCUGUCUUACCUUCCUUAUCAAGGAAUGUGAAAAUACUAAUAGCACGAAGAACCUUCCACAGGGAACCUCCCAGCUUCCUGCGGACCUCAGAAUUAGCAUCAACACCUUCUGCAGAGCCUUCCCUUUCCACCUGAUGUUUGACCCCCACAUGUCAGUCCUUCAGCUGGGGGAGGGCCUACGGAAGCAGCUCCGAUGCGAAACUCACAAAGUGCUCAAGUUUGAGGACUGCUUCGAGAUUGUUUCUCCAAAGGUCAAUGCCACCUUUGAGAGGGUCCUGCUGAGACUGUCCACCCCGUUUGUGAUUAGGACCAAGCCUGAGGCUUCUGGCGCUGAAAAUAAAGACAAGGUGAUGGAAAUCAAGGGACAGAUGAUUCAUGUCCCAGAAUCAAAUUCCAUCUUAUUCUUGGGCUCUCCGUGUGUGGACAAGCUGGAUGAACUCAUGGGCCGAGGGCUGCAUCUCUCUGACAUACCUAUACACGAUGCUACCCGAGAUGUCAUUUUGGUUGGCGAACAGGCAAAGGCCCAGGAUGGCUUGAAGAAGCGGAUGGAUAAAUUAAAGGCAACUUUAGAAAGAACUCACCAGGCCCUGGAAGAAGAGAAGAAGAAAACAGUGGAUCUUCUAUAUUCCAUUUUCCCUGGCGAUGUAGCCCAGAAGUUAUGGCAAGGGCAGCAAGUGCAGGCCAGAAAGUUUGAUGAUGUCACCAUGCUCUUUUCGGACAUCGUUGGCUUCACAGCCAUCUGUGCCCAGUGCACCCCCAUGCAGGUGAUCAGCAUGCUGAAUGAACUGUACACCAGAUUUGACCACCAGUGUGGAUUCUUGGAUAUUUAUAAGGUGGAGACAAUAGGUGAUGCAUACUGUGUUGCAGCAGGACUCCACAGGAAAAGUCUGUGCCACGCUAAGCCCAUUGCUCUGAUGGCCCUGAAGAUGAUGGAACUUUCGGAAGAGGUGCUGACACCUGAUGGACGACCAAUUCAGAUGAGGAUAGGCAUUCACUCAGGCUCUGUGCUGGCUGGAGUUGUUGGGGUAAGAAUGCCACGAUAUUGCCUGUUUGGAAAUAAUGUCACUCUGGCAAGCAAAUUUGAAUCAGGAAGUCACCCUCGGCGCAUCAAUGUCAGCCCAACAACUUACCAAUUAUUGAAACGGGAAGAAGGUUUCACAUUCAUUCCUCGGUCCCGUGAAGAGCUUCCAGACAACUUUCCAAAGGAAAUCCCCGGGAUCUGCUAUUUCCUGGAGGUAAGGACUGGUCCUAAGCAGCCAAAGCCUUCUCUUUCUUCAUCGAGAAUAAAGAAGGUUUCCUACCACAUUGGCACCAUGUUCCUCCGGGAGACGAGCCUCUAAGACCUGCUGCAGAUCAAAGACUCCUCCGAAAAGCACAAGCCCAGAACACGGGUCACGACAGGAGAGCAGAAAAAGAUUGCUUCUCUUUCACUGCUUUAUUGAGAACAAGCAGCAGAAUUUCUGUUAUGUCAGGCAAUAAUCCUAGGAAAAGGUGGGUGGUGACUGUCAAUAAAAAACAUGGAGGGCAGGGGGGAAGUAAGAUGUGUCUAUCCAUAUGAGUGUUUUUGGUCAUAUAUAUAUAUAUUUUAAUGACAAGUAUGGGCCCCCUUUCAAAACUAACCAACAAAUAGACUCUGUGUUUUCUUGUUUAUCACACAUACAGGUAUCUUUCCCUAUAUAUUUGUAUCACUUUUGAGAGCCUGUUUUGAUUAUAUAUUCCUACAUUUAGUGAGUUGGUACAUGAGGAAUAUUUUCUAAUUUUGUUUUUCUGAACAGACAUUUCAUACAUAUAUCAUGGCAGUGUGGUAAACUUCCAAGCAGGAAGAACUGUAACUCAGCAAAAUAUUUUAGGGAUAAUACCUAUUUUUAUACAUAUCUCUUCUUCUUAGAUAAUUACAUUUCACACAACAUUAUUAGAUUUUCAGAAUCUGCUACUGUAUAGUUGGUAUGUUAUGUAACUCUAUCCUAUUAAUUGAAUACAGUUUCACUUAGAGAGAUUAGUGCUUGGACUGAGAAUACAUAUAACCAAGGAUUUCAGAUGCUGAGAAAACAUUGUAUGUCUUCUUAGUAAAUAUAUCUUUUAGAUUUAACUAAUGUAGCAUAGAAUCCAGAGGAAAUGGAAUUUCCUAAUAGCAGAUAUAUCUGUAACCAAGAUUAAAGAAAGGUCUUUUUGCCAUAUUGUAACAAAUAUCAGUUAAAACAAAAUGCUUUACUACAUUGGACCCUUUCAAUUUAGCAUUUAUAAAUAGAGGUAGUUUUUGCAAUUUACUAAACUGCACUCUAAUAAACAGCAUCAUAUUAAAUGAGAUGUUAGUACCCUGUCCUCCCCCUCCAAUCACCAAUGGAUUGCCUCCUAAAGGCUAUUACCACUUUUGGGAGCAAAUUUCUAGAUACAGGCAUUAGUGAGGAAAAGGCGUAAGACAUUUUGCCAAGCAUGUUGUUUCUUCUUGCAUAAUAAGAAGCAAGGAGAAAGAAAUUGUAUUUUAUGGCUUUGAGAUUUUUAAAAAUGUUCUUCUGCAGUUUAAUUGAUGUAGCUUGUAAAUUCAAUGAAUCACCCACAUGUACACUGAAGAAGGUCUAACUUUCAGACCUAGUAACCAGACAGGCUUCCAAUGCAUGUUCUACUAAAAUGAAGACCUGUUCCCAUUGCUUAACACUGCAUGAAAAAUGCUAUUACAGACUCACCAUGAAAUUAGGAGCACAGUGUGUCCAGAGUUUUUCUAUUUUGGAUCAGAUAUAAAACCUAAGUUUCUGUUGAGGUUAAUGAACUGGCAGCAUUUAUUUCCUUGAAACCUUGAGGUGGCCAUCUUUUUACUCCAGUAGGUAUACUCAUUGGUAGCUUAUGUCUACUGAAUGCAAUAUAUAUUUUUUUCUGGUCAGGGAUUUUGGCUGCAUUGUGAUUUGAUUAUGACAUAACUCUGCUAAGGAGCACAUUAACUACCAUCCAGUAUAGUCUGUGAGGCUCAGUUAGUGUUUUUAAGUUCAUGAAAAAGCUAGAAAAAAUUUUGUUUUAAUAGAUAUCUGAAGUAUUUGUUAUAAUGGUUAUAAUUUUUAUAAUUGCUGAACUCCAUUCUUUCCCUGGGACUUAUGAGAACACUUGUGCAACACUCUUCAUGUGGAGACAGGACCUGGACCCUGAGCUCUUGGAAUCCUUGCCUAACCCUUUCUUCCUUGCAUCUAGGUCUCUGUUUUUAACCACAUGAGGGCAAGAAGGCCAGGGUGUUUAUGGGAGACUGUGUAGGCUGAGGAUAAGGUGCUCUCGUGGAAGUAAUUACAAAGGACUGAGAGAUCAACCCACUUCCUCCAGAGAAUAGAGGGGAGGUUUACGGUCAGUGUGGACAGAACAUGCUGGGAUCACCUCAGCCCUCAGGCCAAGAAUAGGAAACACCUUUGCUAGGCUGCUGGGCUCCCUAUAUAUAUACAUAUAAGCUCACUGAAGUCAUUUAUGCUUCUGCAUAGUAACUCAGAGCUUAUCAUGGUAUAGGAAAUCAGUAAACAUUAUGGUGGUAAACAAUGUGUUUUGUAACCAUAAGGCUAAAAGGGACUUCCAGGAGUCAUCCAAUCUAUUUCUCUGCUUUUUGUAAAAUUUGUCUAAGCAACUAUUCUAAACAUUUCUCUCUAUACUUAGGAAUAUCUAUGGGAAGCAUAUUUUAAAAGAAUCACUGAAAAUCCAAUUUUUAUUUGGUAAUUGGUAAGAAGCCAGAGACAAGAACUGUAUAUACAUCCAAUUUGUCAGAAGAAUAACACACUCUUUUUUAGUUUACAUGAUUUGACUUAGAUAAGAAGUGGCCAUUUGCAUUGCCACAAAUGUCACAAUGAAGAAUAAGCCAGAGAUCUAUAUAUAUUACAGACAGGAUGUAAACUACAUUUUUUCAUGCAAUAUAAUCUAAAUAUAUCUUUGGAGCUAUAAACUGAGGUAAUGGUCUAAUAUGUUAUCAUUUUGUCAACCUAGUAUAGUUGAUAUAGUUACACUGUUGCUAUAUGUGUUUGUAAAGGUACCGUACAAGCUGCAGUCAUAGAAUUCAAAAGCUGUGAAAAAGCAUUGUGUUUUUAUUUGUCCUACAGAAUACAAUCCACAUACCCUCCAUUGAGUAUUGUGACUAUAACAAUGGGUGGUAGUUGGUAUUACAUUUGACUAAUAUCUAUAGAGUAUUCUCAUCUACAAACAAUUACACAUAUGAAUUUUAGCAUGGCAGAUUAAAAGGAAUUUAAAUGACUGUCCUAUUUGAAAUCAAAUGGUAUUAAUCUGGGGAAAUGGUUUAACCCACUCUAGAAGGGAUACUUUCAAAUAUAAUUUGGCACUUAUUCUCCUCUGUUUUAGUGUUCUUGCAAGCAAUUGAUUUAUGAUUAGCCAUCAGUACCAAAGCUUCAUGCUGGCAUCAAUAUCAUUUUGAUGGAGAGAAUGUUAUCAUUUGCAAAUAAAUCAGUUAUCUAAUAAAGUCAGAAACCCCUAAUGUACCCGAAACAUACUGCACAGUAUAUGAUUUGUGAAACUUAAUUAAUAGGUAGCAUUAGCCAUAAUAAAAAGAAUAAUACUCAGUGCCUGGAGAACACGUAUAGUUGAGUCUCUUGGCUGUAUAGUGUGGUGUGGAGAAAGGAAAGUUGAUAUAGCUUCUAGGUAACAGGUGACUGAGUGGUCUAAAGUUUGCCUUGAUAUUAAUCUCUUCCCAUAUAAUUUAAAUUAUUUUGGGUUUCUUUUUUAAUACCUGACAAUGGGUGGAGCCCAGUGAACUGAGACCUAUUGUGCCUGAGAUAGGCACUGAUGCCUGCCUGGGACUUGAGAGUAAAUCCCUGGGUCCAGCACUUCAGAUGUGAGCUCUCAUGAUCUCAUACUUGGUCCUCUUGUCCAGUGACAAUAAACAGUAUCAGGAACAUAGUGUUUUAUUGUGACAGUGCAAAAGUGGGUGCCUCUCCAGGUAAAAUGAAAUAGGAAACAAAUAAAACCUCAUUCAUAAAUGCAUCAAGUUUUUAAUUUUGGAAAUUCCUCCAAAGAGUUUCAGCAGUAGCAAAAUUAAAUUGAUAGGUACAAAAAGGUAAACCAUAGAGAAUUUGGAAAACCACCAGACGCUGUGUUUUGUACAAAAUCAUAUUGCCAACAAUUGAAGUAGUGUGUUUGGGGGUGAGAGAUAACAAGAGGGAGAGCAAGUUUAUAACCAUCAAGGAAUAUAUUUCUGGAAGGCUCUUUGAAUUCCUAACUUGCUGAAGAUAGGUGUUGUGGGUCAUCUGGGAAUAAAGUAAAAGUUCUACCCAUAAGUUUGUGUCUUAAAUCAUGCGUUUUGAACCAGACUUAGCCCGGGCUCAGAUGCUGUCUUACUCCAUGCCAUCACUGGAAGUCACUGCACCCCCUCAAGCCUGGGCCCAUCAAACCCCAUCCUCUCUGUGCCUCUGAACCUAACAUGGUCAUGGAGAGAGUGCUGAUGCCUGUUUCUGGCAGAUGGGAGACCAGCACAACUCAGGCCCAAGCAACAGCGCACUUUCAGAGUGAACUAACAAUUCUUGGUUGUGCCUGGGACAUAACUUACAUCUGCAGGUUCUCCUUCUGCUCUUUCUUCAAAAUACAGUCCUACUCCAAGCUCUUGAUGUAAUGUUACUAAAUGUUCCUUUGGAAUGAAUUAUACAGGAUGUAGGCUUUGGGUGAUACCAGAUGCUUUUCAGCCAACAAUACCUAGAAACUCAAGUCCAAGAACCAAACUCCAUAUUGUAGCCUGGGGUUUAUAAUCUGUUAGAUUAUAGAUCUUCAACUGCAAAAACCAUGCCAUUUCAGAUAUAACCUGGGACCAUGAUACAUGAGGAACUGAAUGGCUGGAGCUUAACAUAUGCCAGUAUGAAUGAUGACUCUUUAUGGGUAGCUCUUGAUAUUAAUAUACUUAAUUCACAAGCAGUAACUUAACAUACACAUAAUUGUGUUAACAUUUUAUUGCUAAAUGGGUAAAUUGACCCCAGCUGUGGACUCAAUUUUGGAAUUCUCAUGGUGGUGAAUGAAGAACAGACCUGAUUAUAUAAGGAUUAACGUAAUUCAGAGCAUAUUGAGAUAGUGUGUAAAAUUCCUUCCUCACACUUGAUUCAAACAAUUGAAAUCUAAGUAACAUUGUCUUGCCACCUUUAUGUUUCCCUCCCUCUUUUGUUUCUUUCAUUAAAAAAAUAGUCAUUGAUACAUAUAACGGGAAGAAUGACUACCAAUCUCAUGUCGUAAAAUAGUUUCAUUUAUAUAGUAAGGAAUAUUCUGUCUGUGUGUGUGUAUAUGUGCAUUGAAUGUAGAUAUUACAUGAUUAAAGAAGUGACAUUUUGGAAGGACUUGGGAUGUAGAAAAGUAAGGUUUGUGUCUUUAUUUCUAAUAUGCUGUGACUAGACCACAGCUUCUCUCAGGUGCUUCACUGCCAUCCCAUCUUUGUUAAGAAAUGAUCCCAUUCAAUGAUUCAACUCAUCAGCUUGGCAGUAUCUGGCUGCCUUCAUAAGAAUUACCUAGGAAGCUUUUAUGAAUAUAAAUUACUGAGCUUUUACACUUUAGAGAGUUGGAUUCAGUAGGUCUUAAGUAAGGCCUAGGAAUCUGUAUUUAGAAAAUCACUCUAGGUAAUGCUAAUCUAUGCCAGACUUGGGAAUCAUUGAACAGUAUUCAAAUAAUCUCAUUUACUAGGAAUAAAUGCAUGUUGACUGAGAAAGCAAUAUAUUACUUCAUUUGUAGUUAUUUUGAAAAGCUAAAUACUCUGGGCUUCAUGGCAUUAUUUCUUUCACAAGUUUUAAUUUUAGCUUUGAUUUCAAAUUUCUGGUCUGACAUUUGAGCAUGAGUCUUCAAACUUAUUAGAGACUGAAGUCAACACUGAUAAGCAUGAGGGAUGAAUAUUGCUCACUAUAGGGCUAUUAGGCAUCCUAGAUACAGUACCAUUUUCUUAGUUGCUGCCUGAGUCAUGCAGUAUAUCAUAUUUGCUGAUCCUCACCACUGAGAUAUAAACUAUGAAAUUUUGGACAGAAGAGCAAAUGUUGACUGACAGCCUUAUUUCUGAAUGCUUUGAUACAAAUGUAUACAUUUAUAUUUAUAUUAUAAAAAUCACCAACUUAAUACUUAGUCUCACUCUGUACUUUUCACCCUGAAUUGUACAUUCAUUUAAAAGUGAUUUCCUAGCAAUACCUUAUGACAACCUUUCAAGCAAUAAUUUAAGCCAUGGUGAUGGAUGCCAUAUGAAACUUGUACUUCUGUGUACUUCAUAGAACCUUUAGGAAAAUAGACACAUAAUUUAUAUAAGCAAUAAUACAGUUGGUGUGAACUUUUAAAAGAUAUUUACUAUUCUACUUCAGCAAAAUGAGCAGCAAGGAAUGACUCAUAUAGAAAUCAUCCGAGCAAAUGACAUGCUUAAACUGUAUCAGAAAUUAUUCAUUUGCACACAUGCUAUAAAGUAAUUAAUACAUUCACAUCAGAUUAUUUCUGUCAUACAAUUCUUUAAAUAUCUAUCCUAUGUUUUCUAUUCCUCUCAAGAGAUCUGUUUGCAUGUGUAAUGUUGUCCAGAUUUUCAGAUCUUUGUAGUGUGUAAUUUUAAGGAGUAGUUAAGAAUGAAUAAACAAGUAAAAGCUGAGCAUAGGUCAGAUGAGUCGAGUACGUAGGCUUUGUGAAAACAUAGACGGGUCUUAGAACAAGUUAACUAUUGGUUUAAUAAAGUCUUAGAAGGUGAAAGAUUAAAGAUAAAAAGUGCUCAUUACUACUGUUUUCCAAAUGUUUAUUAAGUAUAAUAGAAUUUUGGCUUCAGGGUAUGAUUGGUUGUAAGUCAUCUAGUAUAAUUAAUAACAUUGGAAAAUGAUUAUGCAGUCAUAUUGAAAAUAACCUGCCCUUCUCAGCCAUGUUGAUGAUAACACUAAGAAUUGCAGAUUUCAAAAUGAAUAAUUCACAUUUUUAGUCUUACUACUUAAAAUACAAUUUUAACUAAAUGUGGCAUAGCCAAUAAUAAUCAAACCUUUAAAAGUUAAAUUACUCCUCCAUAAUUUAGAAUAAUUUGUUAAGAUUACAUCUAAAAGCAACUGGUAACCUUAUGUUACAAUGAGGAAAUUCUAAGCAUCAGAUUAUUAUUUAGCAAUGUCAUAUAAGUUUAGGAUUCAUUUCUAAACCCCUAAAUAAGAUUACAGCUCCUAUUAUUACCUACCUGGAUAAACUCUCUUCUAAUCACAAAUCUGAAUAUACCUGGAAUGGUGGGUGGGCUUGCUAGUAUUUUGCCUUCCUAUUACCCAUAGCAAAAUUUAAAUUAGCACCUGCUUACACAUUUAGAAAAUUCCACUAUAAAAAUCAAAUAGGAUUGUUAGUUUACUGAAAAAGUUUUCAACAAUCAUCUUUUUGUGUAUCAUUGGACACUUUGCCCUUAAUAAAUAUGUUUGACUGUAGUAAAUAAUGGAAAAUAUUUAAUUUGAAUGCAUUAAAUUAUAGUGAAUUUAUCUUCUGUUAAUUCAUCUAAUUGCUGAUCAGAUAAUUCUUAAUAUUAGACUUAACUACUGUUACUUAUUAUUUGAAAGCAGAAGAGGCAAGAAAAACUAAAUGGCAAGCCUAAGUAGUAGCUUGUUCUUGAUUCUUUUGAUAAAUAUUUUAAAAAUAAAGGAAUCAGUUUAUAUUCAGUCAUCCUCUGUGGCCUUUUCACUAUUUGAUGAUAAGGAAAAGAUUCUGCUAAAUAUAUUUUUUUCAUGGUCUAUUGAAUUUAAUUAAAUACAAAUAGGAUAGUAAAGUAUUAAUUGGAGUAAUUUCAGAAAUGUGCAAAAUUGCUUCUUCGUACCAUCUCACUUUUUAAAGACAAUUGCUCCUAUUUUGCUAUACCUGGUAGUUAUACAUCAGAUUCAAGGCACAGAGACAGAUAGAAGGGUGGGCUGGGCAGGAGUUUUAGAUGAGAUUGUGCAAAGACAUUUGAUAUUUUUCUUCAUGAAGGUAUACUCAUAAAGAAGAUGCAGUUUCCAUAACAUACAGGUGUGGUUUAAUGAAAGUCAAAUGAUUUAUUUGACUGAUGGUCAUUCUUAUUUUUAAAAGAAAAAAGAAAACAAUCCUUCACAAGCCAUUUUCAGUUUUCUUAGAAGGUAGUGUCAAUCUCUCAUCACCUGCACAUAUUAGUGAAUUUGGGAUUAGAAACUCAGAGCUAUAAAUAGAAACUCUGAAGGUAGCAGAUAGAAGUAGUCUUGGGUACAAUAAUGAAGGUAAAUGAAAGUGUCAGAACAUCUGGACUGAAGGAACAAAAAAGGUCAAAUACCAGCUCUACCGUGUGGCACAGAAAAGCCAGCUAAAAUUAGCACAAAGAACAGACCCUCAGUGUGCAAGCGAUAUUACAACAAACAAUUUUUCCUUUUAUAACAUGCCUGCUGAGCUAACAUUCAUU